CUUCGUCACUUCCUGUUCUUUUUCCUUCCGGUGGAGAGAGGCUGCGGCAGCGGCUGUGUUUGGUGGAAACAUGGCGAUGCGGCAAACCCCGCUGACAUGCUCCGGUCACACCCGGCCUGUGGUGGACCUGGCCUUCUCCGGAAUCACCCAGUACGGGUACUUCCUCAUCAGCGCCUGCAAGGAUGGGAAGCCCAUGCUGCGCCAGGGAGACACUGGAGAUUGGAUUGGAACGUUUCUGGGCCAUAAGGGGGCGGUCUGGGGGGCCACACUUAACAAAACUGCGACAAAAGCUGCUACAGCCGCUGCAGAUUUCACAGCGAAGCUCUGGGAUGCUGUCACAGGGGAUGAGCUGUUGACUUUGGCACACAAGCACAUUGUGAAGAGCGUUGACUUCACCCAGGACGGCAAUUGUCUUCUGACAGCUGGACAGGACAAGAUAUUGCGUAUCUAUGACCUUGCCAAGCCAGAAGCCGAUCCAGAGCAAAUUGGGGGUCACACAUCUGCUAUUAAGAAGGCUUUGUGGUAUAACGAUGAUAGACAGAUCCUCUCUGCAGCUGACGAUAAGACUGUGAGGUUAUGGGACAGAGCCAGCAUGACAGAGGUGAAAACGCUGAACUUUAAUCAAUCGGUCAGCAGUAUGGAGUACCUUCCAGAUGUGGACAUGCUACUCGUCACGUAUGGAAGAUCUAUUGCGUUGUACAACUCUUCCAGUCUAGAGCUGAUCAAGUCAUUUGAAGCUCCGGCCCCCAUCAACUCUGCAUCACUCCAUCCAGAGAAAGACUGUAUCGUGGCUGGAGGAGAUGACUUCAAGCUGUAUAAGUAUGACUACAGCAGCGGAGAGGAGCUAGAAUCAUACAAAGGUCAUUUUGGCCCGGUCCAUUGUGUGCGCUUCAGCCCAGAUGGGGAACUGUAUGCUAGUGGAUCAGAAGAUGGUACUUUACGCCUCUGGCAGACAGCAGUGGGGAAGACAUACGGCUUGUGGAAAUGUGUUUUGCCAGAGGACGAUUCUGGGCGGGUUUUCAAGCCUGUCCGGGUGAAACUCGAGAAUCAGUUUGUGUUUCACUUGAGAACUAUACAGAUUACAGAGGAGCUAGUCUCUGAGAAUUCAGACACCAUCUACAACGUGUCUGCUGAAAUGAAAGCCUGAACUGCCUGAAAAGUCCUCAAAUGGCAUCGUGAAACAUGCAGAUAUCAAGACUCCAGGAAUGGCAGACGCUUGUCGCAGUACGCACUCCUCCCAACAGGGAGUGCAGCAUCGGAGGUAGCAGAUUGGCAGAAGACACACGAGUUAUUCCAGCCAUGUGUUAAACUGUUUGGAGAUGGGGAAACGAUUCAUUUUCUGGGAGUUCCCGAUGAAAUAAUGUUUCCUCUGACUCCUGCCUGGUUCUGACCACUUUGAUAUUAUUAUUGUAGUUCCACUUAUGUGAAUAAAGUGUAUGGGGAAUGAGU